AUGACUGGCCGUCAAAAUGAAUACUUCAUUCCCGGGGAUGGAAUCAGCCGCGAAGUGAUCCAAGCAGAUAUCUGCCGCUAUCUUGGGAACGAUGCGCUCGUGAGACCUGGCAACCAUGGUGGCCGCCAGGGAUUCUUCAUCCGUGCCUAUCGGAAUCUCACAUCAGAGAUGAUUGCUGAUUUGAAGGCUGACUCCGCCCGCUGGGAAGCGGAUGUCUCGCGUCGCGCUGACCUAGGCUAUCCGAGAGGUAGUUACAUUCAAGAUGUGAACCCAUCUCAAGCCCCUAACACUGUCUCAGCGAACUAUGCCACUUCGGCCAUCCAUGAGGUUCGCCAGCAACAGGGGCCAUCCCCUACCACAUACAGUGCAGCUCCUGCACAGCCCUACAUGGAUCCCUACUCCCAAAGUCCGUACAGCGGAUCCCAGAGUGCUCCUUACCCCAACCCCACUUCCUACACCUCCAGUCACUCCCCCUACGGACAAGGCCAGGCUCCGUACCCUCCACCCCAAGUCACCUAUGCUGGCUCCCAGCAGGCUGUGGUGACCACGGCGGACAUGCAUCCUUCUUCUUACACCUACUCCGCCACUGGCCCGGCCUAUGGUUACGACGGCGGUCCCCGCAAUGCUCCCAGAUACCCGGGACCUGGUUAUGAUGCCGAGUCGGACUAUCCUCCCGUGACCUCGGGGAUAGCGUAUCCCGCUUCCACUACUGCCACGGACCCCCGGAUGACAGGUUCAAUGGAGCCCAGAUAUACCCCGGAAUACGAGCGCAGUAGGCCGCAGCCAACCAGGGAAAGGGAUCCGCACCGCCGGCGGUGA